UUUUCCUCUGUCGCCUGAUUUUACGUUCCCAAGCUCGGAGUUUAUUAGCCUGCGUUAUUUUCAAGUUCACCUAAUUUUCUCCAUUUUUUGCGAAGACUCGAUUUCAUUAUUUUUUUCGGGCCCAUCAAACGCGAUAAAAAAAUUUGUAGAAUCAUACUAAUUAAACUAAAAUUGUGAAAUGAAUGAGAUCGAAAAAUGCGAGUGAAAGUACCGGUAAUGGUGAGUUAGAGGUCGGGAAAGGUUAAGGUCGGUUUACGGUAAUCCGAGUUUGUUUACACCGUCUAAUAUACGUAAACAAAUAAGGAGAAAAUGUAUCACUGAAAGCGAAAACGAUCAAAAAAGGCGUUUCUAGACGAGACUGUAAUUUGACUUAUGGAUUUCUUGUUCUACUUAUUUUCUCCGAUUUGCAUAGAUUAUAAUUUAGAAUCUGCGACACGCAACUUGUCGUUGUUAAAAUCCAAAAAGUUCGAAUCGGUUUCAAAAAUGUCAAAAAAGAAAAAAUCUGGAAUGUUUUCUAAGGUGUGGAGAGUUUGGUUUUGUUUUUUUGUUUAUUUCGCUCGAUGGGUUUGCGUAAACCCGAAAUCCGGGUCUUCCAACACGAAAAAAAAGCUCAAAAAUUUCUUCUUCGACUUGGGAAUUUCCCCGGACCCGCCGCCGCCGCUCCCUCGCCUCCGCCUAUGCACACCUAGAAAGAGAGCACCGAAUAGAUUAGCCCGAGGUAUGGUCGAAUGCGUUUUUCUUCUACUUUCAUGAUUCCACCAUUCGAUCCAUCUUUUUCCUUUCAUUUUACCAACAAAACCCAACCAUAUAAAUAGCCUCUCGCCAACUCCUUCACCAUCACAAAUCUCCCGGAUUUAGUGCAGUGCAUAGCUCUCUAGUGUAAAAUCCUCAACGUAGCCACACGCAAAUGGCCUACCGUCUUGUGAUAGCCUCCUUCGGGAUUAUUUCCUUGCUGGGCCUGAGCGACGCCGGCGGCCACGGAGGCGGCCACAAGAAGGUCAUCAUCCACGUCCCCUUCAAAGUCAAGACCAUCCACCACACGCACACCGUCGUCAAGCAUGUGGGACACGAGGGCGGCGGCGGCGGUGGCGGCGGCGGCGAGUUCUACAAGGUCAUCGGCUACUCCGGAGGAAUCGAUGACGGCGAGGUGGUCACCCACGGCGGCGGCGGCGGAGGCGGCCACGGCUGGCACGGAGGCUUCGGCGGCGGAUUCGGCGGUGGCCACGGCAGCUCGGACGAGUCGCACGCGAUAGGCGGCGACAUCGGGGGCAUCGGCGGCGGCCACGGCUACUCCGGCUACGAGAGCGCCAGCCAGAGCGGCGGCAUCGGGGGCGGCCACGGCUACGCCAUCAGCAGUGGCGGCGGCGGUGGCGGCGGCUCCGAUGGCGGCCACGAAGUCGGGCACGUGGCGGCGCUGAGCCACGAGGGUGGAGACAUCGGCGGGGGAGACUACGGCGGCGGGGACAUGGGCGGCGGCCACGACUUCGGCGGCGGGCUGGGCUCUUACGGCGGCGGCUUCGGGGGCGGCUUCGGCGGCGGCCACGCCAGCGAGGGGAUCAGCGCAGGAGGCGAGCUGGGCAACAGCUACGAAAGCUAUGAGGGAGGAGACGGCGGCCACGGAGGCUACGAGUAAACUGUUACUGGAAUUUCUUCCUCUCUCUACAAAAGUCUGCUAGUCCUUUAAUGUUAGUACCUUUUAAUCUUAUUUUAUUGUUGAUUUUACACUUGUUUUUUAUAAUAAAAAUGAAAAAUCCGA